AUGUUUAAAGUUACAAUCGGCAUUACAUCUCUGUUGCCAAGGAGGAUGGCUUCUUCAAGCAUACAGGCUUCGACCACAUUAAUGAGGCAGCACAUAUUUAACAGUAAUACAAAGCUAACAAUAUCACAUUUUUCAACAUCGUCGAUACUAAGGCAUGGUCAUCUUAAGAAACCAGUGCCAGGUGAAGAAUUGAAAGUCACUUUCGUAUUGAAAGACGGUGAACAAAAGACCUACGAGGUGAGUGAAGGUGAAACUCUAUUAGAUAUAGCGCAAGGUAAUGAUUUAGAUAUGGAAGGUGCAUGCGGUGGUUCAUGUGCUUGCUCGACGUGUCAUGUCAUUGUAGAUCCUGAUUACUAUGACGCUAUUCCUGAACCAGAGGAUGAUGAAAAUGAUAUGUUAGAUUUGGCUUAUGGGUUAACAGAGACUAGUCGACUAGGUUGUCAAGUUAAGAUGUCAAAAGAUAUUGAUGGGAUAAGAGUCGCACUUCCUGCCAUGACAAGAAAUGUUAAUAAUAACGAUUUCAAAUAA